UUUAAAGCGUCGUUUUAACAUAUAAAUCUAAAAGAAUUAAAUUUGUGUAUGCAGCUUAGUUUAUUGUGAAGCAACAAUGCUCAGUUCGCUGGACGCGCUGGCGGGUAAAAUAGCCAAAGCAACACCUGGCACUGGUGCUGCUACCGUCAACAAUGUGGUCGCUGCAAAUGCAGCGCAGAAGGCAGCGCUGCUUAACAAUAAUGUGCAUCAUCCGCCGCGUCAGCAUCAAUUGGAUUAUGAUUAUUCUGCUGUUGAAAUUGAGCCGCCCGCUGAGCAAUUGGCAAACUCGCCGCGCAACGAACGUGAGCGUUUGCAACAGGCGCAACAUGCGUAUGAGCAACAAGCGCAGGCAGAGCUGGAAUUUGGUUUAGCUGAAGUUGAUACAAAGAUUGGCAUGUCAAUGACCACAACAUUGUUGAGUCACAAGCGCAGCAGACAUAAUAUACAACAGCAACAGCAGCAGCGACAGCAGCAACAACAACAGCAAGCAAGUCACAUGCCCACAGCUCGACAUCAUCAUGCGCAUUAUCAUCAUCCAUAUCAAAGGCCGCUGCGUACGCUAUCGCCAACAGCAGCACAGCAACAACAUCAGCAACAGCAAUCGCAAUCUGCAUAUCAGCAACAGUUAUCACAUUUGGCUGCGCUGCAGGAUCAUCAUCAAGAGUUGUUGCACACACAGCAGGAACUUUUUCACAAGCAGCUCAUCAACAUGCAGCAACAACAUCAACAGCAGCAGCAGCAACAACAAAUUUAUGUUGAUAGCGACCAUGACUCGCAGCAAGAGUACAAAAUUUGCCUGAGGGAUAGUGCAUUUGGUAUGAGCGACAAAAGCAGCAGCGCCACCAACAGCCUGCCCAACAGUCCCAUACAUAGCAACAAUAAUUCAACGCUGCUCAAUAAUAACAACAACAACAACAACAAUAAUAACUCGAGCUUGGUCGGCAGCAAUAAUUCGCUAACCGGCAUACCCUUUGGCAAUCAGAGCAAUAAUAACAACAAUAGCAUCAUGUCCAGUGGCUUAUUAUCCACCAACAACAAUAACAAUAACAAUCCAAGCAGCGCUAAUCGUAAUGUUAUUGUCUUGGAUGAUGAUUCCUGCUUUCGUCUGGACACGGACACCACUGUUACCUAUGGUGAAAAGGAACCCGAUCCGGAUAACAUUAAGAUGUUCGUGGGCCAGGUGCCCAAGUCUAUGGAUGAGGCGCAGUUACGCGAAAUGUUUGAGGAAUACGGACCUGUGCAUUCGAUCAAUGUGCUGCGCGAUAAAGCCACAGGCAUAAGCAAAGGUUGCUGCUUUGUGACGUUUUAUACGCGCCGCGCCGCACUGAAAGCUCAGGACGCACUGCAUAAUGUGAAAACGCUAAAUGGGAUGUAUCAUCCCAUACAAAUGAAACCCGCCGAUAGCGAGAAUCGCAAUGAACGCAAACUGUUUGUGGGCAUGCUAAAUAAGAAGCUGAACGAGAACGACGUGCGUAAAUUGUUUGAAGUUCACGGUGCCAUUGAGGAGUGUACAGUGUUGCGUGACCAGAACGGACAGAGCAAAGGUUGUGCCUUUGUGACAUUUGCCACCAAGCACGCUGCCAUUUCAGCUAUUAAAGUGACUUUGAGUCAGAAUAAAAUCAUGGAGGGCUGCACAUCGCCGUUGGUUGUCAAAUUUGCAGAUACGCAAAAGGAGAAGGAGCAAAAGAAGAUACAACAGAUACAGGCCAAUUUAUGGAAUCUGGCAACGAAUAUCAAUAUACCGUUAGGACAGACGGCCACCAGUGUUUCGACACCGAUACUGCCGAACCCACCGCAACAGGCGUCGCCCGUUAUGGGCGCCGAUGCCUUAACGCCCGCCCACAUUUUACUGCAGCAAAUACAAACUGUAGGAUUGCAGCAACAGCUGCUGCAAGCACUCUCCGGUCUGAAUGCUGCUCAGCAAAAUAAUUCGUCACAGGAUACAACAAGCGCGGCAGCAGCUGCUGGUCUGCUCAAUCCGAUUGCUGUGCAAAAUUUGGCGGCCAUUGCGGCCAUGACGCAACCGAAUCUAACCAAUGCAGCCAACUCACCAGGCAAUGCCCAGUUGACCAAUACAGCGGCGCUUCUAUGGUCGGAUCCGAAUCCAUUGGCAUCGGCAUAUAUGUCAACAGCGGCUGGUUUGCCACAAUUUGGAAGUGCCACAACUCUAUCCACCUCACCGCUGGCCAGUGUUGCAUUGAGCGCCGCUGCGGCCGCUGCUGCGGGCAAGCAGAUUGAAGGACCCGAGGGCUGCAAUCUGUUCAUCUAUCAUCUGCCGCAAGAGUUCACCGACACGGACUUGGCCUCCACCUUUUUGCCAUUCGGCAAUGUAAUUUCGGCCAAGGUGUUCAUUGACAAGCAGACAAGUCUCUCCAAAUGCUUUGGCUUUGUUUCGUUCGACAAUCCGGAGUCGGCGCAAAUGGCCAUCAAGGCAAUGAAUGGUUUCCAAGUGGGCACCAAGCGACUCAAGGUGCAGCUCAAGAAGCCCAAGGAUGCCUCCAAGCCGUACUAGAGAGCGCAAGCAGCCCAAGCCUCCCCCCAACUAUAACAACAACUAACAACAACAAAAAUUGUCAAAUGGAGUCGCGCGUUAAAAGUAGAAAAAACUAGAAAUUCUUUCAAAGCCCCUACGUUGUACGUAUUAAAUAUAAAAA